AUGAAGUACACCAGCACAAGAGGAGCUGUGUCUGGUGUGGGGUUUGAUGAGGUCUUAUUUUCGGGAUUUGCUGCAGAUGAUGGUCUGUAUAUGCCGGAGCAGAUCCCGAAGCUGGAUGAGCAGACUCUCAGAUCAUGGAGCGCUCUCUCCUACAAGGAGUUGGUGAAGGAAGUGUGCUCUCUCUUUAUUCCUUCGGAACUCAUCCCCAGGAAUGAUCUACAUGAUCUGAUCGACAAAGCUUUACUGCGCUUCAGACACCAAGACAUCGUUCCAAUUACCAGACUGGAAAAUGGGUUGAAUGUGAUGGAGAUGUGGCACGGUCCAACAUACGCUUUUAAAGACCUCGCUAUGUCCUGU